AUGUAAAACACUUUAUUGGACUUUAAUUAAGACGACCAAAAUAUCAAAAAAAUCAUAGAUAAGGAUAUAAAUAAUAAGACUUAAUUAGUGUUCAAUAUCGAUAAAUAUAAUUCACAAUUCCAAGUGUUGACACAGGAUUGUUUGUAAGAAUGUGAAAGAACCAGUUCAUAAAAAGGAGCUAAAGAGAUGGUUGAAUUUAAGGCAUAGGUUAUUAGUCACGAAAAAGUAAUUGAAGCUGUUAGAUCUGCAAAUUUUGUUGAAAUUCAAAAUGUGAAUCAAAGAUUCAAAAGACUUUUCAAAGAAAUAUUAGACAAUAUCUCCAGUCAAUUAGGUAAUGUAUAUAAAUAGGAGUAUCUGAAAUUAUGGCUGGAGUGUAAGAAUUCCAAGGGUAUCUUACAUGAUAAGGAAUAAAGACUUAAGAGUUCGGAGUAAACCAUACAAAUUUAAGAAUAAGAAAUUAUUAAACUAAGAACUCAUUAUACAUCAUAGACUACAUUUAUACAAUUGAAUAAAAAGCUUGAAGAAACUAUUAAUAAUUUAGAAAAGGAAAACAAUCACUUAAAAGAAAGUCUACAAAACUAGAUUAAAAUUAAUAGUGAUCUUAAACUGAAUUUAGAGGAACUAAAUAAAAAGUAUGUUAAAUUGUAAUAAUCCUUUGAAGAAGUUAAAUCAAAUUAUGAAAAAGAAAUAAACUAAUUAAAAUUAUAAGAAAUAAAUAUUAUUAAAGCAAAUAAAGAUUUAAUUGAAUUAACCAAUUAAUUAUCAAGCUAAGUCGACAAGUAUAAGGAUCUUUAUGAAAUAUAAAACUAAAAAAACUUUGACCUUAAUGAUCAAGUUAAGUAUUGGAAAUCAACUCAUUUUCAAAGACUAGUUGAUUUACAAUAAUCAGAACAAAGAAUAGGAUCAUAAAAAGGAUAUCUCUUUAAAUAUCGAAGGGAAGUUCAAGAUUUAAAAAGAUUCAAACUGUAAAAUGAGGAAGUCUAGAAAGAAUUAUCAAAUGCAAGGUAAACAGUAUUUAUUCUGAAUUAAUAAACUGAAUAAUUGAGAUUAAAUUAUGAGAGUGCAAAAACAGAAAAUUUAAAAAUCUAAAUUGAAAAACCAGAUAAUCUAAAUCAAAUAUGUAUCAAGAAUUCAUUAUCGACUAAAAAAGCAAAUAAUGAUUCAAAUUCAUUUCAUGACUCUCCAAAAAAAACAAAAUUUGAUUUUGGGUAUAUGAAGAAGUCUGUUUAAUAAUAGACUCCAAAAGAUGAAUUAACAUAAUUGAUAAUAAAUAAUUCAAAACUUCCAAUUCAACUAAAAUAAAAAAAUAGAAGUGCUAGUGCGAAAAAGAAUAUUUAAUUAGAAACAGAUCUAUCUAAAAAUAACAUAGCUUUGACUGAAUUUGAUUAAAUCACCCCUUUUCUUGACAAUAACUUGCAAUAAUUUACUUUUAGUCAGGCCUAAAGAAUUCCUUAAAAUUUGAAAAAAAGAAUAAGAAGAAUAAAUACUGAAGGAUGA